AUGGAGAACAAAGAAUCUGUCGAACAUUUGGUGGCCCUUAAAGUUAUGAGACUUACGAAACCAGCUCUAAUAAGUCCUAAGAUAGUUACUUGUGACUUUAAGGAUUUGCCUGGUAAUAUUUUAAACAAUUAUUUGAAAGAUGAUGCGACGUCGGUGGUUCAAAUGGAGACACUAGCUGCUGGACAGUUUCUCUUAUUGCCACAAAGUUUCGGUAAUAUAUAUCUGGGUGAAACAUUUUCAUGCUAUGUAUGUGUGCACAAUGAGACAAAUCAACCAGUACAAAGUGUAUCUAUCAAGGCUGAUUUACAGACGAGUUCUCAGAGAAUUCCAUUAACUACUCAACAAAACCAGGCUCCUAUCAUGCUCGAUGUUGAUGAAACACUCAGUGACGUGAUACAUCAUGAAGUUAAGGAUUUGGGUACGCAUAUCCUUGUCUGCGAAGUUACGUAUAUGUCAAACUAUAGUACACUCGCAUCAUUUAGAAAGUUCUUUAAGUUUGAAGUACUAAAACCUUUGGAUGUCAAAACUAAAUUCUAUAAUGCUGAAUCAGAUGAUGUCUUUGUUGAAGCUCAAGUACAAAAUAUAACAUCCGGGCCAAUUAUACUAGAGACGGUUGCAUUGGAGAGCUCCCAUCAAUUCACAGUCAAAUCAUUGAAUGAAGAUGACAAUGGUGUAUCAGUUUUUGGUGAUGUAACUUUAUUGCAACCACAAGAAAGUUGUCAGUACUCAUAUUGUCUUACACCAAAAGAGAACAUAUUGAAAGACAUCAAGUUGUUAGCAACAGCUAAAAAUAUUGGUAAACUGGAUAUAGUGUGGAGGUCUAAUUUAGGUGAGAAAGGAAGACUGCAAACUAGUCAACUGCAGAGAAUGAUUCCAGAUUAUGGAGAUAUAAGAGUUACUUAUGAAAAUGUCCCAAGUAGAGUUCCUAUCGAUGAGCCUUUUAACUUCAAAUGUAAAAUUGUCAAUGCCAGUGAGAGAACACUUGAUUUGAUUCUCAAACUCCGUUCAUUGCAAAAUUGUAGCCUUCUUUGGUGUGGUAUUUCAAAUAGAAAAUUAGGGCCUUUAGAACCAGGAAAUACCACAAUUGUCAAUCUUACCGUUCUACCAAUAAAUUCUGGCCUUCAUACUGUUACUGGAGUGUCCUUAGUAGAUUUAUUCCUAAAAAGGACUUAUGAUUAUGAUGAUUUAGCCUCUGUAUAUUGUUUAGGUCUGACGCCAGAAGAGCUUGAAUUGAGAGAAGUUGAUUUCAUUGAUAUAGCCUUUGAUGAAGUUAAACCACAUCAUUAUAAAGAAUCCGAGGAUCCAAAACUGUUCAAAUCUGAGAAAUCCGGUCGAGGGCCACUCGUUGAAGGCUGGAGGGACAAUGACAAGCCUGUUAUGUGUUGCUACAAAGUAGUCCAUGCCAAGUUUGAAGUGUGGGGUCUUCAGACGAAAGUUGAAGAAUAUGUACAAGGGGCUAUAAGAGAUAUUUUACUUCUUGGACAUAUUCAAGCGUUUGCUUGGAUGGAUGAAUGGUUCAACAUGACAAUAGAAGAUGUGAGGAGGUAUGAGAAGGAAAUGCAAGAUAAAACUAAUAUGAAGAUUAAAAUUGCAUUGGAGGAAAACGAAGAAGAACAGAAAGGUGAUAGCAGGAAGUCAUCUCAACCGGCUACACCAAAAAGUCCUAAGACUCCAAGUGCUAGCACACCAUCAGCUGAAUCUAAAUCAUGGUUCUCUUGGUCAUAA